UAGCAGUCUCCCAACCGUCGGCUGCAGCUGGCAGGGCUGCGUGCGCCCUGCGUCGGCAGUCUGGACCCGGGACCGUGCUCCUACAGCUCGGGAGGCCCACUGUUGGAUCGCUGGGAGGCUGGGCUCGGAGGAGGCCGAAAGCCGAGGUGGCCGGACCAGACGUGCCCAGCGCGCCUUCCGGAACCGCUCCGCGUCUUAACCAGAACAGGGAGGGGCCUCCCAGAAACCGCGGCGAGCGAGUUAAAGUAUGCUGGGAGCGGUGAAGAUGGAAGGGCACGAGCCGUCCGACUGGAGCAGCUACUAUGCCGAGCCCGAGGGUUACUCCUCCGUAAGCAACAUGAACGCCGGCCUGGGGAUGAAUGGAAUGAACACGUACAUGAGCAUGUCAGCGGCCGCCAUGGGUGGCGGUUCGGGCAACAUGAGCGCCGGCUCUAUGAACAUGUCCUCGUACGUGGGCACUGGGAUGAGCCCCUCGCUGGCUGGCAUGUCCCCCGGGGCAGGCGCUAUGGCGAGCAUGGGCGGCUCUGCAGGGGCGGCUGGCGUGGCGAGCAUGGGGCCGCACCUGAGCCCCAGCCUGAGCCCUCUCGGGGGACAGGCGGCGGGGGCGAUGGGUGGACUGGCGCCCUAUGCCAACAUGAACUCCAUGAGCCCCAUGUACGGGCAGGCAGGUCUGAGCCGCGCGCGGGACCCCAAGACCUACAGGCGCAGCUACACACACGCCAAGCCGCCCUACUCGUACAUCUCGCUCAUCACCAUGGCCAUCCAGCAGAGCCCCAACAAGAUGCUGACACUGAGCGAGAUCUACCAGUGGAUCAUGGACCUCUUCCCCUUCUACCGGCAGAACCAGCAGCGUUGGCAGAACUCCAUCCGUCACUCGCUCUCCUUCAACGACUGCUUCCUCAAGGUGCCCCGCUCCCCGGACAAGCCCGGCAAGGGCUCCUUCUGGACCCUGCACCCCGAUUCGGGCAACAUGUUUGAGAACGGUUGCUACUUGCGCCGCCAGAAGCGGUUCAAGUGCGAGAAACAGCUGGCCCUGAAGGAAGGUGUGGGCACUGGAGGUGGCAAAAAGGCUGCUCCGGGAGCCCAGGCCCCGCAGGGGCAGCUUGGGGAGGCCUCUGGACCGGCCUCUGAGACUCAGGCGGGAACCGAGUCGCCUCAUUCAAGCACCUCUCCCUGCCAGGAGCACAAGCGAGGAGGUCUGGGCGAGCUCAAGGGGACAUCGGCCACAGCACUGAGUCCCCCAGAGCCUGCACCCUCACCAGGGCAGCAGCAGGCCACUGCACACCUCUUGGGCCCUCCCCACCACCCUGGCCUGCCACCCGAGGCUCACCUUAAGCCAGAGCACCACUACGCCUUCAACCACCCUUUCUCCAUCAACAACCUCAUGUCCUCGGAGCAGCAGCAUCACCACAGCCACCAUCACCACCAGCCUCACAAAAUGGACCUCAAGGCCUAUGAACAGGUGAUGCACUACCCUGGUUAUGGUUCCCCCAUGCCAGGAAGCCUGGCCAUGGGUCCUGUCACGAACAAAGCAGGCCUGGACGCUUCACCUCUGGGUGCAGACACCUCCUACUACCAGGGGGUGUACUCUCGGCCCAUUAUGAAUUCCUCUUAAGAAGACUGCCACAGGGCCAGCUAGUCCAGAUGAGGAAAAGUGAGAAAAUGAGGUGGAGACUAAGGAAGGGGUACUGGAGAGACCUAAAGGAGAAGAACCACAUUGCACCCUCACCCCAGGACAUCAGUCUCCCAUUCCUCCAUUGCAACUUUUCCCUCCUGAUCAGAUGGAACACACCAAUAGCUUUCAUCAUAGAAGGAGGGAAGGGAAAGGAAAGGAAAGGAGGGAGAGAUGGGCAGAAUCCAGUUCCACUACUGUGUAGACACCCGCUUCUUCAAGCACCUGAAAGUUGAUUAUUUUGUUGUUGUUUCUCUCCAUUGCUGUGUUGCAGGGAAGUCUUACUUUAUAAAUAUAUAAAUAUAUAUAUAUGCACAAACAUAAAAACACAAACUUUUGUGAGUGACUCUAUGUAAAACCAUGUAGUUUUAACAGAGAACCAGAGUUGUAUUAUUGUUUUAAACAGAAGAAAAAUGAUGUAAUGGUCUGUUGUAAGUGACCAAGAAAAAAGGGAAAAAAAUGCAUUCUCAUUCUUGACAUGGUGAAAUCCAGGUCUUGGGUCUGAUUAAUUUAUGGUGUCUGUGUGCUUUAUUUAUGACUUAAAAUAUGUGUUCUGGCUGCAAGAACCAGAGUUCCACAAAUCUGUAUUAAAAUAUUUUACCGGUUUUAUCCCUUGAA